AUGGUUCCCCAGGUGAGGGUCCUCUCCACCUUGCUAGGACUCGCGCUGCUCUGGUUCCCCUUGGACUCCCACGCUCGAGCGCGCCCAGACAUGUUCUGCCUUUUCCACGGGAAGAAGUAUUCCCCUGGCGACAGCUGGCACCCCUAUUUGGAGCCACAAGGCCUGAUGUACUGCCUGCGCUGCACCUGCUCUGAGACUGCCCAGGUGAGUUGUUACCGCCUCCACUGCCCACCUGUCCACUGCCCCCAGCCUGUGACGGAGCCACAGCAGUGCUGUCCCAGGUGUGUGGAACCUCAUACCCCCUCUGGGCUCCGUGCCCCACCAAAGUCCUGCCAGCACAACGGGACCAUGUACCAACAUGGAGAGAUCUUCACUGCCCAGGAGCUGUUCCCCACCCGCCUGCCCAACCAGUGUGUCCUCUGCAGCUGUACAGAGGGCCAGAUCUACUGUGGCCUCGCCACCUGCCCUGAACCCGGCUGCCCCGCACCCCUCCCGCUGCCUGCCUCCUGCUGCCAGGCCUGCAAAGAUGGAGCAGGUGAGACAUCAGCUGAAGAGGAUCCCUUGCAAACACACAGUGGGAUGAGACGUUCCCAGGAUCCAUGUUCAGGCGAUGGUGGGAGAAAGAAAGACCCUGGCACCCCAGCCCCCACUGGCCCCAGCUCCCCUCGGGGCUUCAUCCCUCGUCACUUCCGACCAAAGGGGGCAGGCAGCACAACUGUCAAGAUUGUCCUGAAGGAGAAACAUAAGAAAGCCUGCGUGCAUGGAGGGAAGACAUAUUCCCAUGGGGAGGUGUGGCACCCCGCCUUCCGCUCCUUUGGCCCCCUGCCCUGCAUCCUAUGUACUUGUCAGGAUGGCCACCAGGACUGUCAGCGUGUGACCUGCCCUACCGAGUAUCCAUGCCAUCACCCUGAGAAAGUGGCUGGCAAGUGCUGCAAGAUUUGCCCAGAGGACAAGGCAGACCCUGGCCACAGUGAGAUCAGUUCCACCAGGUGUCCCACAGCGCCCAGCCGGGUUCUCGUCCACACGUCAGUAUCCCCAAGCCCAGACACCCUGCAUCGCUUUGCCCUUGAGCACGAAGCCUCUGAUCAGGUGGAGAUCUACCUCUGGAAGCUGGUAAAAGAUGAGGAAACUGAGGCUCAGAGAGGUGAAGUACCUGGCCCAAGGCCACACAGCCAGAAUCUUCCACUUGAUUCAGAUCAAGAAAGUCAGGAAGCAAGACUUCCAGAAAGAGGCACAGAACUUCCGGCUGCUCACCAGCACCCAGGAAGGUCACUGGAACGUCUUCCUAGCCCAGACACCAGAACUGAAGGUCACAGCCAGUCCAGACAAAGUGACCAAGACCUUAUAACAAAGAUCUAAGCAAUUGCAGAUGUGAGCUUUAUCAUUUUUGUUAUU